GUCAGGUCCAUGAAUAACCAGGCAAGGGAGGUUGCUGGCUUUCUUUCGGCCUAAUUGCGCGUAUGUGCUGAGAACAGUCGACGCACGAUUGACGGGUCCAAGCACGUCGAGAAAUAAAUUCAUUUCAUUGUGUUUGGCGGAAGAUGAAGCUAGGAUUUGUCCUUAUUUCCAUUGUAUUUUGCGGGUUGAUAGCUAAAUCAGUUCAUUCUUCAAAACCCAAAGACCCAUACCUUGGAGUUGCUCCUGAAGAUGAUAAGUAUUACAAGUCGUCAGCUGUAAUACCAUGUAAAGAUGGAUCCAAGGAAUUCACCAAAGCUCAGCUCAAUGACGACUUCUGUGACUGCCCCGAUGGCACCGAUGAGCCAGGUACUUCAGCGUGUCCAAGCGGGAAAUUUUUUUGUCGGAAUGCAGGACAUGUUUCCCGUUACCUAUAUUCAUCCAGAGUGAAUGAUGGAAUAUGUGAUUGCUGUGAUGGAAGUGAUGAAUAUGAUAGCAAAGUAAAAUGCGCAAAUAAUUGCUGGGAGGCUGGGAAAGUUGCUCGAGAUAAGCUGAAAAGAAAGAUUGUCACAUAUCAAGAGGGUAUCUUGUUGCGAAAGCAAGAAGUUGAACAAGCACAACUAGCUCUAGCAAGAGAUGAGGCAGAACUUUCUAAGUUAAGAAAAGAAGAAAGUAUGCUUAAAGGGAUUGUGCAACAGCUGAAGGAGCAUAAAGAACAGAUAGAGAAGGCUGAGGAGAAGGAAAGGCUGCAGAAGGAAAAAGAAGAGAAGCAGAAAAAGGAGGCUGAGAGGAAGGCUAAUGAAGAGAACCCUAAACUGGAUGGAGAAGAUACACAGCAUAGAAACGAAGCUGUGGAGCAAUCUGAUGGCAAAGACAAUGAUGUGGCUAGUGACCAUGAUAGAAGUGGCUCUGUCGUUGAUUCUCCUAUGCAACAGGAUGCGGAACAGGAUCAGAAGUUGGCGGAUGUACUUGAUAAUGAUAAUGUAGCCCCAGAUGCUCCUGGAAGUGAAGGAUCUUCACAUAUAGGAGUGGAAGAGGGAAAUGAUUUACCUGAAAGUACUGAGGGAUUCAAAGAAGAGUUGGGUCGGCUUGUUGCUUCUCGUUGGACAGGAGAAAAUCCUGCUAAGCAAAGUGCUGAAGCUGAUGCAAUGAUUAAUAAAGCUAAUGAAGAUUAUGAGGAUCUUCCACAGGAGACAAAUCACGAGGAAUAUGAAGGUUAUGUGUCUGAAACAGAUGAUGACAGCCACAAAUAUGACGAUGUUGACAUAGAAGAUGAAAUGGAUGAAGACUUCCAUGAGGAGCAUGAUGACCUUAGCUCAUCCUACAAAUCCGACAAUGAUAUUACUCCUGAUUUGUCAGAUGUCACUACAGCAAACAGCCCUUCUUGGUUAGAGAAAAUACAGAAGACUGUACGAAACAUUUUUCAGGCUGUUAAUUUAUUUCAGACUCCAGUGAACCAGUCAGAUGCUGCUCGAGUACGCAAGGAGUAUGAUGAGUCAAGUACCAAAUUGUCUAAAUUACAGUCGAGAAUUUCAAGUUUGAAGCAAAAGCUAAAACAUGAUUUUGGUCCAGAGAAGGAGUUCUAUUCAUUCUAUGAUCGUUGUUUUGAGAGCAAGCAGAACAAGUACACUUACAAGGUCUGUCCUUAUAAAGAGGCCUCUCAGGAGGAAGGCUAUAGCACCACACGCUUGGGACGGUGGGACAAAUUUGAGGAAUCUUACAGAAUUAUGGCUUUCUCUAAUGGUGAUAAAUGCUGGAAUGGGCCUGAUAGGAGUUUAAAGGUCAGGCUAAGAUGUGGGUUGACAAAUGAGAUUACUGAUGUAGAUGAACCAAGCCGUUGCGAGUACGUAGCAUUCUUGUCUACCCCAGCCCUUUGCCGUGAGGAAAAGCUCAAGGAGCUACAACACAAGCUGGACUUGAUGAAUAAGGAUGAACCUCAAAGCCAUGAUGAGCUCUGAGCUGCGAGGAUGGGUAUAAUCAAGUCAGCUUACUGGUCAAUGUGAUGCACAUUCUUGAGAUUGAAAUCCUGAUACGAGCAAGUAGCUUGAAGAGUACUGGUAAAAAAGGGUAGCGUGAAGAGUUAAAGCAACUGAAGUGGCGUCUUGAUAGUUGUUUGUUACGACUCCCCUCAUAGAUCGUCUCAACUGAUCAUGCAUUUGAGACCGUUUUACAUUGUGCUGGUUUCAUUUUGUUUUUCACCAAAGAAUAUGCUUCAAAAGAUUUUGUUCUAUUUUUACUUUUAUAAGAAGCCAAAUUAAUCCAAUGAAGAUUGAAACUCU